AAUUGCCACGCUCGAUCAUAGGCACGAGUUAGACGCCCAUAUAUUUUCUCGACCUUUUGCAGUGAACUUGAAGGCUGUCACUAACCACCACUGUGGUGUUCUCUGGCUCUUUCUCCGCUCUCUUGUUUUGCUUUCUCGUCUCCUAAGAAGGCUACACCUUGUCUACUGAUAUGAACAUCUAGACUCGCUAUAUAUUAUAUCGUACAAUGUCUCUCCUUGCUUCAUCGCGACCACUCACCAAAGCUCACCAUCUUCCAACGGAACUGCUAGCAUGUCUCUUUCAUAGUUCUGCUCCCACCUCCUAGCAUUUUGGCAGAUACGAACGCUCUUCUUGCUAAAGACAUAUUGGCUCAUUGUUUGAAUUCAAUCAGCUUUUCCAUCUCGCACCAAGCUUGCAAAGAGUUUAAAACCAAAUUCUAAAGGCAGAGGAGCCACUGGACGUCUCGAAGUCGCCCCUCGAGAAACUUUUACUCGAGAUGCGGUACCUCAUACUGAGGCGGAGGAUGCCUUCAAGGCUCGAGAGAAAUGGAUGCGGGAAGGCGGGCCUAGCAGGAAACGGACUUCAGAACGUCCGAAUAGUUCUUCUGAACGUCCGAAUAGUUCAUCAGACCGUCAGCGUUCAAAUCGCCCUCGACCGCAGUUCGCGACAAAACCGCGGGUUGACGAGGAAAAGCUUCCGAGUGUGUUGAAGUUACCGGACCCGACAGGAACGACUGAGGUCCUCAAACCUUCACGAAGACCAAGAGUCAAUAAUCCGCUUAGUGAAGAGUUCGAACUCUCACCCAAAGCUGUUUCGACUCAACAACUCCCAUCCGAGUUUUCAUCCCCUCCGCUCAUGGAAAGUUUAUUAUCUUCUAUAAUGGAUAUUCUGGGUCCCAACGCUCGUCCUACACCUAUACAAGCAUUAUCUUUGAAGCAUUUAUUUUCUCCGUCGCAGGGCGACUCUCAAUGGCGACAAUUCCUCCUCGCUUCGGAGACAGGUUCGGGAAAGUCAAUAGCAUACCUCUUACCCAUGCUUCAAGAUCUCAAACAGACUGAACUCGAUGGUACCGUCCCGCGUUUAACCUCGAAACGGCUAAUGGCUCCACGCGCACUCGUCCUCGCACCCACUCACGAACUCUCCCGACAACUGUCUGUCUUUGCCAAGUCUCUCUUGCACAAUACCAAGCUCCGAGUCCUUUGCGCAUCACGGGCUAAUGCACCCACACAGUCCAGACGGCACGUCACUGCUUCGAAGAUGGCUUCUGACAUUGACAGUGAUAUUGUGCCUGAAGAAGGAGGAGAGUUCAUAGUAAGCUCGCCGUCCAAUGCGGCGAAACCGGUUGAUGUGCUUGUGUGUACCCCGAGUAGGGUUUUGGAGAUGGAGAAAGGGCGAGGAUGGGAUUACGAGCAUAAGGAGCAUCCCGAGGAUAUUGAUGAGAAUGGUAGGAAUAUCAGGCCGAACAGGAAGUUCACCGUUGGACCUCCUGAGAUUACUCUGGCAAACGUUGAUUGGGUUGUUGUCGACGAGGCAGAUGUGCUUUUCGAUCCCGACUUCCAAGAGUCCACUCGUUUGCUCUUAGCCGAUAUAGCUACAGCCAAGGGCAAGCCGGUUGCAUUCACACCUGAAUUGAACCUUUCUUCAACCACGACCGAGCCCGCGCCAUCCAUCGAAGUUCCGAAGUACCCUUUCAACCUAAUCCUUACCACUGCAACAAUCCCGUCAUCACUCGCGUCCUACCUGGACACCUAUCACCCAUCUCUCAUGCGACUUGCCUCCCCCAACUUGCACAAACUCCCUUCUACACUCCAGACAGAGUACGAAUCCUGGACUGGUGGCCGACGUAACAAGGACGUCGAGAACCGUAUUAGGAGAGUAUGGUGGGAAGAUGCUAUCGCUGCUGGACGACAGGCGACUUCAGAAUCUGUGAUCAGUGAUACUAGUUUCGAGAAGAGCAAGGUCUUGAUCUUUUGUAACAAGAGCACAAAGGUUGAGGAACUUGGGAAGUACCUCACUGAGAGGGGAAUCCCGAAUAUCGCUUUGACGAGUACGAGCGAUAGUCGGCACAAAGGAAAUAACCAUCAUUUGGAUGGGUUCCUCCGUGAGUGUGCUGGAGGCCAAGAAAGUUCAUCGGAUGCUUCUGCUGGAGCGGAAAAGACUGAACAACCCCAUGUUCUCAUUACGACCUCUCUGCUCUCGCGAGGCUUGGACUUCUCACCUUCCAUCAAGCACGUCUUCAUCAUGGACGCUCCAAGGAACAUGGUGGACUUUUUGCAUCGUGCUGGGCGGAGUGGACGUGCGGGUGAGCAGGGUAAGGUUGUCGUGUUUGGGAAGAGCAAGGGUAGAGGUGCUGGGAAGGAUAGAGAGGUCAAGUCGAGGGUCAAGGCGUUGAUUUCUUGAUUGCUUUAUGUUACGGCUUGCGUAGUUUGUAUUUUACUACUCACUCUCGCAACUAUUUCACCACUCACUUUCACCACGACUUCAUUGUUCGAACACGUUCGUAGAAUAGCUUCCAAGGACCUCCUGAUUGUGAAAUAUGAUUUAGCACAGCAAUUUAACUCCGUAGCUCAGUGGUUAGAGCACACGAUUGCAAUAUACUUAUGAUCGUGGGGUCCGCGGUUCAAACGUUCAAUCCUCGGCGGGAUCUAACCGUUUUGCUCCGAUGCUCCAGCCUCCCUCAAGGACUCUAACGCAGCAAUAUUUGGGUCUUCCUGAAUAUAUGGAGUGGUGUAUC